AUGUCUGGCGCACCGCGAUCGUCCACCAGUCGCGCAAACGGCUACGGCGACGAGCGGCUGCGCAUGACCAGCAGUAACGUCGGCGGAUACGGCAGCAGCAAGCACGAGCGACAGGAGGGCCGGAAUGCCCCCACGCCGUCGGGUGGCUUCCAAGCGAGUCUGGGGCAUAAGCGCUCCGCCUCGGGAAACCCGCGCCCCAUUAGCAUGGCCGAGGAGAGGCGCUACGAGGAGCGCAAGGUUACGGAGCGCACGUACGAGGCACAGAUCGAGCGCAUAGUACCGCGCACGGCCAGCCCCGAGAAGAUCCAGCGCCGCAGCGCGCCGGGUGAGCGCAGGCCUGCGGAUGUUCCUAGGCAGAAGCCCGCAGAGUACCGGCCGCGAGACUCGAGAUCUGAGGUAGCUCAAGCACCAUGGAACCCCGAGGUCACGUUGCGCCCUCACACGACAGCACCCCUCGCCUCGCGAGUGUCAAUCCCGCCGCUCGCUUCCACCGUACCCAACGCUCCACAACCCGUACCCUUGGCCGAACUGUCCCUCGACGUUCAAGAGGCAGUUAUUGUUGAAGAUCUGCUGUUUGCCUUCAUGGGCUAUGAAGGACAGUACAUUCGAUUCGCCAAGGGCUACGAUCCAACAGAGGAACGAGAUCGGCUAUCUGGUCCUGGAUUUCGCAUGCUGCCCGGCCUCGAUCCGAGCCUGCACGACCUCGCGACUUCGAUGCUGAAAAUGGCCACUUACUAUUCCGCUCUUGAAGCAUUUGUUGACGUCCAGAGCCGGGAGGAAUUCGGCGCUGUCAACCACGCGCUCUGCGCUGCCGUCCGCAAAUAUUUGCACGAUUACAUCGUCAUGAUUGCUGAACUAGAAACACAGUUCCUCACCAGCGACACGUUUACAGUACAUGUACUCAACAUUCACACCCUUCCAACCAGCCAUUUGAUGCUUCAACUCUAUACACUCGCCCAAAAGCUGCUACAGAAGAACGGUUUGCUUGACGACAGUGAUGAUGAAGACGAUGACGACAGCGUUGAGGAUUACGACAAGGUCAUAGAGCGACUUACGGAGGGCGGGGAUCUGAUGCCUGGAAACAUGUCGGCUAAGAAGCUUUGCAAAGGCGGUGUCGUGCUGGGCUUGGUGACGCAGCGUUUAGAGUCAAUGGCCGGAGAUCCCGCCGCCCGGACGCUCCUCACAUCGUUGUUGCGCGACGCCAGCAAGCCGUACAUGAGCAUGCUCAAUGAGUGGCUGCAUCACGGUGCCAUCCGCGACCCGCACUCCGAGUUUCUUAUCAAGGAGCAGAAGAGCAUAAAACGCGAGCGACUGGAGCAAGAUUACACGGACGAGUACUGGGAGCGACGAUACACGAUUCGCGAUAAGGACGUGCCGCCUCAGCUUGAAGGUGUCAAGGAAAAGGUCUUGCUAGCAGGCAAGUACCUCAACGUCGUUCGCGAGUGCGGCGGCGUAGACGUCAGCAAGGUUGUACCUGAUGUGCCGACCACGUUUGAUGACAGCCGAUUCCUGGAAAACGUCAACAACGCGUACGCACACGCAAACCAGUCGCUCAUGCAGCUCCUCCUAACAACACACGCUCUACCCGCACGCCUGCGCUCGCUCAAGCACUACUUCUUCCUCAACCCAUCAGACUACUUUUCCCACUUUAUGGAGCUCGGCAACCCGGAGCUGCGCAAGCCGGUCAAGUCGGUCAACGCCGGUAAGCUGCAGUACCUGCUGGACCUCAUCCUGCGGCAGCCGGGCAGCGUCGUGUCGCUCGACCCCUUCAAGGAGGAUGUCAAGGUGGAGAUGAACGAGGUGACGCUCAUCAAGUCGCUGCAGCGUGUCGUCAACAUCACGGGCAUUGAGCAGGGCGAGGCGCUACAGCCGCUGUCAAGCCACCAGCCGGUCGAGGUGGACAAGAACGCGACGGGCUACACGUCGCUGCAGUUUGACUACGCCGUGCCCUUCCCCGUGUCGCUCGUCGUCAGCCGCAAGACGGUCUGGCGCUAUCAGGCGCUCUUCCGCUACCUCUUCUCCCUCCGCUACCUCGAGUCCCAGCUGUCGUCGGCCUGGCACGUCCACACGCGCGGUGUCAGCUGGGCCCACCGCAGCUCCAGCCGCGAGCUCGAGCGCUGGAAGCGUCGCGUGUGGACGCUUCGCGCGCGCAUGCUCACCUGGGUCCAGCAGCUGCUGUACUUUUGCACCGCAGAGGUCAUCGAACCCAACUGGUCCAAGUUUAUGUCGCGGCUUGACGAGCGCGCUGACAACGGCGGCGCCAGCAGCGAAGAGGCGCCGUCGGGCUCCUCCUCCAGCAGGACCGUCGACGAGCUCAUGCAGGACCACGUCGACUUUCUAGACACGUGCCUCAAGGAAUGCAUGCUAACGAAUAGCAAACUACUCAAGAUCCACGCCAAGCUGAUGCUCACGUGCACCAUGUUCGCCAACUACACAAAGUUCCUCUCGCAGGAACUCGACAAGAUCGAUCCGGACCUCGCCGUCGGCAGCCCUAAGCCGCGCGGCAUGACCAACGCGCAGUGGCGGCGCUUCCAAGCGGACCGCGCCGCCGCCUCGAACCGCAGCAGCAACAAGGACGGCGGGUCCGCGGCGGCAGACGUCUCCGUCCUCUCCGCGGACGACGCCGAGGCGCGCUUCCGCAACCUCAACGACCUGAUCCGCAGGUGGGAGUUCAACUUUGGCCGCCACCUGCAGAUCCUGCUCGACGCGCUCAACCACUACGCGGCGACCGAGACGGUGGUGCUGCUCAGCCUCUGCGCCCGCUUGAGUACCGUCAACCAGGGCACCGAGUUCACGGGGCUCAAGGCCGACGAGGACUCCAUGUCAGCGAUAUGA